AUGAUUUUUAUGGAUAAUAAGAAAAUAAAAAUAUCAAACCCAGCAUUUCUAGAACUAAACAUUGAAGUUUCAUCAUCAGUAUCGUUACAAAGAGAUAUAGUGUUUUUGGAUCCGGAGGUCAUAAAAAAUAGAUACUCGGAACUUACUUCAGCAUCAGACAUUUACAGCCUAGGCGUUAUAAUGUGGUCAAUAUCUAGUAGAAAAUUUCCAUUUGAAGGCAUCACUGAUCAAAAAACAUUGGUGGACCAAAUUGUGGUGAAAAAUGUGCGCGAACAACCCGACAAUAACAUUUCACCUACAUAUAGCGAUUUGUAUCAAAGAUGCUGGUAUUUUGAUAGAAGUAAUCGACCUACUAUGGAUGUCGUGUGUAAACAGCUAGAAGUUAUGCUACAAGAGGAACAAAAUCCAGAUUCAAUAUUAGAUGCUCCUGAAACUUCUCAACGAAAUAUUGAAGCCUCUGAAAUUUCUCAACGAAAUAUUGAAGCCUCUGAGAUUUCUCAGCAAAACAAUAACGAUCCUGAAAUUCCAGGUGAUUCUAUAUCUUACAACGGGAAGUCCUCUGGAAAAACGUCUUUCAGAAAUAUGUUUAGAAUAAAAUCUACUAGAAAAUCAAAGGAAAAGCCUCCUGAAAAAUUAACUAGGACGUCAAACAGGAAAUUCUUGAAAAAAAAAUCUUUAAUUAAUUGUCUUAAAAUGAAAUUUAAAACACGAAAAAAGGCAUCAGAAAAAGCGCCAGAAGAAGCAUCAGAAGAGACAUCAGAAAAGAAAUCAAAAAAGUCAUCAGAAAAAACAUAG